GACGACAAUAACCAGUGAAGCCCUGGGAUAAUCACGAGGAAAUAAUUUGCUGGCCAGUGAAAAAAGUCUCGCAAUAAAAAAAUAAUAAAAAAUCUUAAAUAUCGCUCACCAAUCGAGUGCUCGUAGGGGUGUGUAGCCUCCUAGUGCCAUAUGUACAGCAGAACUAAUCAUCGAUAUGUGGAUAAAACCACAGGAGGUCCUCCUCGCCAACGCAUUCUGGGUAACAGAGGCAGCCACUGUCUACUUCGUACUUCAACGUCGAAAGGGCCAUGGCAAGACUAAGGGACUCUCCUCCAUCCUCGUCGGUACCCUCGACAGUGUCUUCGACACGAAACCCCCGCCGUUCCGGAUUCUCCAUCAAACCCCAUCCUCAGAGGUAUACUGGGUAGUGGCAUGCUCCCUGACCCACGACGAGAUCCUCCAGGACUGGGAGUGGCUCCAGUCAAACCUGAUGGACACCCUGAAGUCCUUCGACACGGAGGACGAAAUAACCGAAUUCGUGUGUUGCAAAAUUCAAUCGAUAAUCGCGAACAAUGUGCCGGACUGUCAAUUCGCGGAAGAGGAGGAUCCGGAGUCCUUCAAAACGGCAUCGUUCACGUAUCACCAGCUGUUCGGCCUCCCCAGUGACGAUAAACUCGUGAAUUAUUACUCAUGCAGUUACUGGAAGGGUCGACUGCCCCGUCAGGGCUGGCUGUACCUCUCAGUAAACCACAUGUGCUUUUACGCGUACAUCCUGACGAAGGAGACAAAGCUGAUCAUCCGAUGGGCGGAUAUCAUUGAGCUAGGUAAAACCAAUUCCCUCCUAUUCCCGGACAGCAUUCGCGUCGUCACCCGCGACAACAAACAGCACCACUUCAGCAUGUUCCUCCGUAAAUCAGAGACGUACUCCCUGAUGGAGCAGCUGACGAAUAUCGCGAUGAAGCGGCUCAUCGACGAGAAGAGCGGCUUCAACGAGGAUCGAGAGCUAUUGCACAAGCUGUCGAAGAAUGUAUCGAAGAAGAAACCAUUUCUCAAGCGGGAUUUGGACGCGCGCGCUCAUUCCGAGGCUUAUCGCUUACAAUUUCGCCUACCGGGUAGUGAGAAACUCGACGGUUGCAUAGACGCCACCCUCUGGACACCGUACGACAAGCGCGACGUAUGGGGAAAGAUCUUUCUAUCGCAGAAUUACUUGUGCUUUGAGUCACGCGUUCGUCAGUUGGUCAGUCUGGUAAUUCCCCUGCGUGAGGUUCAGGUGGUGGAGGCUGCGGAUCAAUCACAGGCCUCCUUCAGCCCCACUGACAAGUCCAUCCUGGUGAUAACCCCGUACUCAUCAUUCCUCUUCGCUCAAAUCCAAGAUCGUGACUUUGUGGUUCAAAAGAUCUCCGAACUGCUUGCCAGAACCAAGCUCAAUUCGUUGACACCCGGUGCGUCAUCUGCGAUAACGCGAUCGUGGAGCCCCCAGCCGCCCCUGAUGACGCUGUUCAAGGCCCCUUUGAGCCAGGAAGCGUCGAUUAAGCAGGAGGCCAAAGAGAAACAGUGGGAGCUUCACUUUACCGAAUUUGGUCGUGGCGUUACCAUCUACAGGACAACGGAAACCGCGAAGCUAGUGAUCCAAGGGGUACCUCAAUCCCUCAGGGGGGAGGUCUGGUUGACCUUCUCCGGGGCCAUUAACGAGAUGGCAAUGAAUCCGGGUUUGUACAAGUCUCUGGUGGAUCAGUCGAUCGGAAGGACUUGUCAAGCUAAUGAGGAAAUCGAGAGAGAUCUUCACAGAUCGCUACCGGAGCAUCCAGCUUUUCAAUCGGACACCGGAAUCAGUGCCUUGCGGAGGGUUCUAUCUGCGUAUGCAAGCAGGAACCCGCAGAUAGGGUACUGCCAAGCUAUGAACAUCGUCGCGUCGGUUCUUCUGAUCUACUGUUCGGAAGAGUCCGCUUUCUGGCAGUUGUGCAAUGUCUGCGAAUCCCUUCUACCUGAUUACUACGAUCGGAGGGUCGUCGGAGCACUUGUGGAUCAGGGCCUCCUGGAGGAACUCGCUGCUGAGCACCUACCGACGCUUCAUGCAAAACUUCAGGAGCUCGGCCUCAUCAGGGUCAUCUCCCUGUCCUGGUUUCUCACGAUCUUUCUCAGCGUGAUGCCCACGGGCAGCGCCGUCAACAUCAUGGACUGCUUCUUCUACGACGGUGCCAAGGUCAUAUUUCAGAUCGCACUGACGGUUCUUGAGUGGAAUCAGGAGAAGCUACUCAAUUGUCGAGAUGACGGAGAAGCUAUGCAAAUUCUCACGGACUAUCUUGGAGGGGUUUUCAAUGACGAGGGACCUGUUCUCCCUAGGCCUGUCGACUCGGCACUCCCUCCGAGGAGUAUCUCCGUCCAGACCCUCAUCUACGAGGCGUACUCCAGGUACGGCUCGUUAACCAUUGGUCGGAUCGAGAGGCUCAGGCUGAAGCAUCGUCUGAGGGUUGUCCAGCAUCUGGAGGAGGGCAUCGAGAAGAAUGUCAUUCGUAGUGUAAUUGUCGACAAGUAUAUGACUGCGGAGGAGCUCCAGGAGCUUCUGAGUCUCGUUCGGGAAGAGCUAAUGAGUCAACGAAAGGCCGAGCCUGACCGUUAUGAUCCGACUCAGCCGCCUUACGAAGCGUAUCGUGUGGACUUUGAGCUGUUUAGGAUUUUGUUCGGUGGAUUGUCGCCUUGGGGCAAGUGCUCCCAGGCGGAGUCACUCGCAGCGAGGCUCUUCAGACUCAUGGACAGAAAUCAUGAUGGAUAUUUGAACUUUCGAGAGGUAGUUCAGGCGAUCGGCAUUACUGCUACUGCCGAUGCCGCUCAGAGGCUCAAGCUACUCUACACUCUUCAUCUUCCUCCGUUGCUGUCACCCGUUGACAUCGACUCUCCGACCCACUCCGACGGGGCUGAGGUCGCUGCUGAGGCUGCUGAUUUCUUUGAUACCAUGGAGCAGAGCUUUGGAUCACUCGACAUGUCAGUUAGCGCAGGUGAGGAGCCUGAGAUGAAUCUUAGUCGAUCGGUCAGUGUUAAUUCCCAGAAGGAGGACAGCUGGGAGGUACAGAGCAUGGGAAGUCUCAGAUCUGUGCUGGAUUCCAAAGGCAGUCCACUGGGGAUGAAGAAUGUCCCGAGAAUGAGUCAGAGGCACUUCAUCGCACUGUGGAAAACACUGUAUGACAUGUUUCCAGCUCAGCCUGAGGAGCAGGAAAUUUAUCACUCUAUCGCAUCGAUAGGUACAUUAUUGCUGCAACUGGGAGACGUGGGAAAAAAAUUCUACGGCGAAAGGGAGGAAUCAGAGGACAGCCUGCUUAUUGCUGCCUCAAAAGCUCAGACCGGCGCUCAAAUUCAGAGGUCUCCCGAUCGCAAUGGGAACCCCUCGACUUCUUCUUCGACGGCUGAUCCUGACUGGGCAAUUUCUGUCGAGCAGUUUUUGGCUUCUGCUCUCAAUGGCGCCCCCAUCACCGAUUUUUUCAGCAAAAGGGCCAAUCUCCUGGAGGCCAUCGCCACCCUGAGGAAUCGAAGAUUCAAUUGCGUGCACUCGUUAUCGGAUACACCAGUACUUAAAGUAUGACACAAGCCCAUAAUCGAUGUUUAGUUGCGUCCAGACUGAACAGAUCAUAUAAUUCAUUGAGACUGCUGAGUUAAAAAAUUUUUUCCAUGAAUAUUAAAAAAAAAAUGUACAAUAGAAAUAAUUUUUUGAUUUUUCAA